GUCUCAUUCACAUCAGUGCCUGCCGUUUCUAGUUCCUGCUCUUGGCGGGCCGAUAGUUUGAUUCACGAUAAUUUUUGUACAACUCUUGUUAGUUACAUAAUUACGUUGUAAAAUUUUAACGAUAUUUAAGAGAAAUGGCACCUGGAGCAGCGACAGUACCUAAGGAGAAGGUGGAAGUACCUCCUCGUGGAAUUAAUGCUGUUCUAUUGGGACCCCCGGGUAGUGGCAAAGGAACUCAGGCUCCUUUGCUCAAGGAGAGAUACUGUGUAUGUCAUCUAUCCACUGGAGAUAUGCUAAGGGCAGAGAUCGAGUCUGGAUCGGCUCUUGGUGCUCAAUUGAAAAAGUUUAUGGAUGAGGGAAAGCUCGUCAGUGAUGAAUUGGUUGUUAAUAUGGUUGACAAAAACUUGGAUAAACCUGAAUGUAAACGAGGCUUUUUACUUGAUGGAUUUCCUAGAACCGUUCCGCAGGCUGAGAAGCUAGACAGUAUGCUUCAGAAGAGGAAAACGAAACUGGAUGCUGUUAUCGAGUUUGGAAUCGAUGACAAUCUUUUAAUGAAAAGAAUUACAGGAAGGCUCAUCCAUCCUGCCAGUGGACGCUCAUAUCACGAUGAAUUUGCACCGCCAAAAGUUAACAUGAAGGAUGAUGUCACUGGUGAACCACUGGUCAGACGAUCAGACGACAACGUAGAAGCACUUAAAAAAAGAUUAGUAUCGUAUCACACCCAGACGCAGCCCCUAGUGGAUUAUUACGCCCUCCAGGGUAUUCACAACUAUGUAAAUGCAGCUAAGUCAAGCGAACAAGUAUUCAAGGACAUUGAUGCAAUUUUCUUGAAGUCCAUCAAGCAGAAUGAAAAGAAGAGCUUCUUCAGUAGAUUCUUCUAGGAGACAUCUGUACCAGUGACACCAGCACCUCCCAUCCUGUUACCCAUCCUGUUCUCUGAAAACAUGCAAGGCCUCAAAUUAUGACAUUACAGUGAUGUUAUACUUUCAUUACUAUAGAAAUAGUAAGGUAUCCUUUUGAACUCUAAUAUAAAUAACCCGUGCGUUUGAUAUCCUCGAUCGCAAAUAUCCAUAUGCAAUAAUUAGGACCAUAUGAAAUAAUUCGUUUCAAUUAAUGGGUGUCUUGUAAAUCAUCAGAGAUUUUAACGGGUCGACUGUUGAGGGUUCGAGGAGGUAGACAAUAUUUAUAGAAUACGAUAGAAGCAUCGAAUGACGCACAGAUAUUUUUUCUUUUUUUUUGCAAGUACGUACUUUCGUUUUUAUUAUUUGGAUGGUGUUUUUUUUUUUAAUUGUCUCAACUUUAUCCAUUCCCAAUAUUCCAAGACGGAUCCUUAUACAUACUUAUAUACUUCAUAUAUAUACUUAUAUAAAACGAACCAUAUAUAUAUUAAGAUUAGAUAGAGCUUAAAGAAUCUUCGGACGGAACGAACUACACGGGCACCUCUGAUACAUCUAAGUACUAUAAUAGAACGUUUGUAGUAUGAAUAUUAUAUCACUGUACAAUACUAUUUUAGAUAAAAAGGGAAAAAUAGAUGGGAUAUAUUCUGCUA